AUCCUAACGUGACGGGAGGAGAAGAGAAGAGGAAGAGGCACACGCGAAAGAAGCUCUUGUUGGAGAGAGACAAAGCAGAAAGCUAAAAGCUCCUUCUUCUCCUUCUCACCCAAUAUGGAAUCUCCUUCCCUAACGCAGGACAACUCCAACAACCAGAACGAGGGGAAUGUAUCCGGGGCUCCUCAGGUGGAUGCCUUCUUGAUGGAGGCUCUUCAGAAUCCUCGCCACCGUCUUACCGUUCUGCGAAUGGAGUUGGACAUCCAGAGGUGUAUGCAAAACCCUGAUCAACUACAGUUUGAGUUCCAUCAUUUCCCAACUUCCUACCUGAGGCUUGCAGCACAUCGUAUUGCUCAAUACUAUGGUUUGCAAUCAAUGGUGUUGGACAAUGUUGUGGAUGGGUUAGGAACAAGAAUAGUGGUCAGAAAAACAUCUGAAAGCAGAUAUCCUACAGUCUGUCUAUCUGAAGUUCCUCCGAAACAGUCAGAAAAUGAUAAACCUGAAAAGGUUAAGAUUGCUGUCAGGCCAAGGCCAAAUAAAGCAUCCCAAAAUGAUGUGAGUGAACUGGGAGUUGAACGCAGUCCUGUGAGAACUGUUGAAGAGAGAAAAGAGGAAUAUGACAGAGCACGGGCCCGUAUUUUCAGUAACCCUAGCAGUUCCGACUCAGAAGGUGCAUCUUCUGCCUCAAGUGAGGGAAGAAGUUUGUGUUCAACUAAGGAUGAGGGUGAAGGUUCCAGGAGUGUUAAUAAUGAAACUGCAAAGGCCCCUAGCGCUCGAGAUAGUGGUUCUAGAGUUGCCAUCUUCAGAGACAUGGAGAAGGAUCGUUCUGAUCCUGAUUAUGACCGAAGCUAUGAGAGGUAUGUUAGGGGCCUCACAUGUAAUCAGGGCUUUAGUUUGGGACAUUUCAACAUUCAGGGCUUUCAGCCUUCAUUCAUGCAAUAUGAAUCCGGUUUUCCUCACUUGCCACGGACUCAAACAUCCUCCAGCUAUGGGCCUUCAAGUCCAGUUAUGAACCCUUUUUGUGCCAUGGGAUUGAAUAAGAUUCCUGGAGAUGGUGUCUAUAUGCAGUGGCCAAAUCCUGCAAUGAUUUAUGCAGAAUCUUAUGAGCAACUUAGGCAUGCUUGUUUCCAGGCUGCAUUCUAUCCGCAACCCUUGAGCUUUGAUUAUUCACAAAACCAUUAGAAGACCGGGUGGGGGGGGAGAGGGAAUGUCUUUAACAAUUUACAUGUGAUUAUUUUCCUUUCUAGGUCGUGUUAUAAUUAUUGUUGAAGAAUUGUUUUGUUAUAUUUCAAUAUUAAUUUCAAUCUUAGUUUGACUAUUUGUA